AUGUCCGAGGCGACCAAGCGCAAGCAUGUGGUGCAUGAGCUCAACACGGAGUAUCCCGAGCCGACGGAGGAGCAGUCGAUCGUGCGCGUGAUUGCGCCGCGAGGCAAUAACCUGCACGAGGCCGAGUGGGCGGAUGGGGAGACCGGGCUGGUGUCCAUGCCCCCCAAGUUUCGCAAGCACGUUUGGAUCAAGCGCGGCAUGUUCUUGAUUGUUGAACCCAUUCCCGAGAACGACAAGGUCAAGGCUGAAAUCAUUUUCGUGCUCCAGUCGGAGCAUAUCCGGCACUUGAAGCAGAUUGACCAAUGGCCCACCGCGUUUGGCGCCGAAGCCGGUACCGCGGCAGACGACAAUGUGGUGGACGACACGUCCGAGCCAGAGGAUGAAUAUUUGGAUGCAGACGAUCCUUUUGCCGGUGGCAACCCCAAUCGGCGCCCGACCGCCUACGAGGAGAGCUCGGACGAUGAGGAUGAGGAUGACGAGUAG